CAACCCUUACCCUUGUCUUGUGAAACUUUGUUUCUUAUCUUCACCUCAACACAACAACCUUCCUCUGUUUGAGUGCCUUCCCCUGCAUUUUCAACUAUCUUUCUCUUUUCAUAUCACUCAUCAUGUCUUGCUUAGAAACUGAGGUCUGCCAAGAGAGAAAGCAUGGAGAAGAAUCAGAAGAGAUCACUCUUGAUGGGAGUGUUGAUUUGCAUGGCCGUCCUGCAAUCAGAGCCAAAUCUGGAAGAUGGCCUGCUGGAAUUAUCUUACUCUUGAACCAAGGACUAGCAACCCUUGCAUUCUUUGGGAUCGGAGUGAACCUAGUGCUGUUCCUGACAAGGGUGGUAGGACAAAAUAAUGCUGAAGCUGCUAACAAUGUGAGCAAGUGGACCGGAACAGUUUAUAUCUUCUCUCUUGUGGGUGCUUUCCUCAGUGACUCUUAUUGGGGAAGAUAUAAAACUUGUGCUGUCUUUCAGGUCAUCUUUGUUAUAGGUCUAAUGUCCUUAUCCCUGUCCUCAUACCUCUUCUUGAUUAAGCCUAAAGGUUGUGGGAAUGAAUUACUUCAUUGUGGGAAACAUUCAAGAUGGGAGAUGGCGAUGUUCUACCUCUCCAUCUAUCUGGUUGCCUUGGGGAAUGGAGGUUAUCAACCAACUAUUGCCACAUUUGGGGCUGAUCAGUAUGAUGAGGAGCACUCAACGGAGGGUCACUCUAAGGUGGCCUUCUUUAGCUACUUCUACCUAGCUUUUAACAUUGGCCAACUCUUCUCAAACACCAUUCUGGUCUAUUACGAGGAUGAAGGAAUGUGGGCUCUUGGUUUCUGGGUGUCUGCAGGCUGUGCCUUUGCCGCACUGGUCUUGUUUCUUGCAGGCACCCCGAGGUAUAGACACUUCAAACCCAGUGGUAACCCUCUCUCCAGGUUUAGCCAAGUCCUCGUGGCUGCAUCAAGGAAAUCCAAAUUUCAAAUGUUAUCAAAUGGAGAGGACUUGUAUGACAUGGAUAUGAAGGAGCCUUCCAACAAUAACAACAGAAAGAUUCUCUACACUAGCGGUUUCAAGUUCUUGGAUAGGGCAGCGUUGAUAACUUCAAGGGAUCUGGAGGACCAGAAAGAGAUUGGUAACAACCCCUGGCGUCUCUGUCCUGUAAGUCAAGUUGAAGAAGUGAAAUGCAUACUGAGACUUCUUCCAAUUUGGCUCUGCACCAUAAUAUACUCGGUGGUUUUCACACAAAUGGCUUCGCUUUUUGUAGAGCAAGGUGCUGCCAUGAAAACAACAAUUUCGCACUUCAAAAUACCACCAGCUAGCAUGUCUAGCUUUGAUAUCCUCAGUGUGGCAGUUUUCAUUUUCUUUUACCGUCGAGUUCUUGAUCCGUUUGUGGGUAAACUUAAAAAGACAGAUUCCAAGGGUCUUACAGAGCUUCAGAGAAUGGGAGUUGGACUUGUUAUAGCUGUACUGGCAAUGGUUUCGGCUGGAAUAGUUGAAUGCUAUAGGCUCAAGUAUGCAAAAAAAGGUUGCAUCCACUGCAAUGACACGAGCACUUUAAGCAUCUUCUGGCAAAUCCCUCAGUACGCAUUUAUAGGAGCUUCCGAGGUUUUCAUGUACGUAGGCCAGUUGGAGUUCUUCAACGCUCAGACACCAGAUGGCUUAAAGAGCUUUGGAAGUGCACUUUGCAUGACAUCCAUUUCUCUUGGGAACUAUGUGAGUAGCAUACUUGUUAGUAUGGUUAUGAAGAUCUCCACCGAGGAUCACAUGCCAGGAUGGAUCCCUGGAAACCUCAACAAAGGUCACUUAGAUAGGUUUUACUUCCUCUUAGCCGCCAUGACAUCAAUAGACAUGAUCGCCUAUAUUGCAUGUGCAAAAUGGUACAAGAGUAUACAGCUAGGUGGAAAACCUGAAGAGAAUGAUGAGCCAGGAGUAUAAUUUGCAAGGGACAUCAUGGAAAGGCAAUGGUAACAGCAUAUAUUAAUAAGAGAAAGAAAGGAGCAACUAGUCAAAAUAAUGUUGGUUAUAGUUGCUGUUAGAAGAAAUAGUUUGUAGGUUUGCGGAAAGAGAAGCCCUUCUUACACGAGUCUUUGACUCUCUUACAACUUGGCUCACUGUUUUUAAGGCUUAAAUAUGUUCAUGAAGCCCAGUUGUAUAAAACUAAACUUUGACGAGACAAUGACUGUUUUAGGGUCCCUAGAAACUUCCUUUCUUUCUCAUUUGUAAGUUCCAUUGUUAAAGAUGAAGUUAAAUAUGCUAUGUGGAUUUCCAA